CCAUCCCUACGUCACGUCCUUGUUUCAGCAGCAAGUCCACGGAAGUAGAAUGGAUUAAACGACGACGCGCGUUCGAUUCGGUCUUCAGUUGUCCAGCUGCAAGAGUUGUUACUCGUUUAAAUGAGGUUACUGACUGACAAAAAUGGAGGAGUGUGAUGAAAUGGAUGAAUAUGUGACAGUUGCUGUCCCUGGCAAAAGAAAACGUCGCUACGCAGACAAUUCCGCCCGUUCUAGGGCGAAAGAAAAUCGGUACAGUGGCGUUGACAAGAUUCCGCAAGUAGCGUGUACACACAACAACAGUGUUACGUGUCGGGCUGGCGCGCUGACAGAGGCGGACAUAACAUACAUUAACGCAAAGCUGUAUACCAGCCGUGACAAGGUAAAGCAAGAUGCGAUCCUGCUGUCUUACAUGUAUGUAAUGCCGUGUAAGCGGAGGCGGCGGAAAGUAAAAGCCGAGGAGAAGCAAAGACAAAGAGAUUUGACCAUCAAAUACUUCGUCUUAAAAGAAGACACAACCAUAGUUCCCGUGUGCCAGGCUUCGUUCCUCAGCAUUUUCGGUGUCAAAAAAGAUCGAGUCCAAGGCGUUGCGAAGUACUGGCUCGAGAAUGGCAAAGCACGUCCUGAAAACCGUGGCGGUCACAGGCAAAAAGAUGAGGAAGCUGCAAAGAGGCAGAAGGUUCGAAGCCACAUCCAGUCUUUUGCUUGCAAAGCGACCCGCUACGCCCGACGCGGUGCACCGGGGAGAAAGUUCCUUCCCGGUGACUUGAGCGUAGCGAAAAUGCACAGGAUAUUUCUUGAGCAAAACCAUCAGGAAGUUUCGUACUCGCUCUACUGGAGCAUCUUCGUCUACGAAUUUAACCUGGGCUUCGGUCAUCCCGCUAAAGACGUGUGCGCUGCGUGCGUCAAAUCCCGCAUCGCGAUUAAAGACCCCGACCUGUCCGCGGAAGAAAAGCGGGACAAGAUUCUAAUGUACACGGUACACUGUCGCCGCGCACGUCAGUUUUUCGACACGCUACAUGAUGUGGGCGAUACUUACACUGUUUGCUUUGACAUAAUGGAGAACCUAGUCCUUCCAAAGUCUGCAGUUGGCCAUGCGUAUAAUUCUCAUCAUCUAUACAUGUAUGUGUUAGCCAUAGUUCGUCACCGCGGGAGAGGUGAACCCCAAAGAAGGCACGAGAUCAGUCUCUACACCUGGCUUGAAUAUCAGAACUCCAAGGACAGUAACAUGGUUGCUUCAGCUUUACAGCACUAUCUCACCUCAGUCGCUAGAGCUGAUCUACAUCAAUGUCAGAGUCUCCGCUUGUUCUCAGAUUCCUGCUACGUCCAGAACAAGAACAUAAACGUUCUGUCCAUGCUGUUUGCGCUCCGUAGCCAACUGUUCCCUCAGCUUAACAUCACCUACUUCUUUCCGAUUCGAGGACACAGUUUUCUUCCGGCAGACCGAGUGUUUGAAAGGAUCGAGCAAGACAUUGAGAAAAAGGCAACCAUUUUGAUGCCAGAGGAGUACUGCGAAAUUUUAAGGCAGCACGGCACCGUGCAUGAAUAUGGAAAAGAUUGGCAGUGCUACGACUUUAAAGAAGAAGCAGGCAGGUUCACAAAGAGUCUGAGAUUGGUGAAAAUAAGCGAUGCAAGAGUACUACAGAUCUCUGGAGAUAAGCUGGGGUUUAAGCCUUCGUUCGCUGGAGAGUUUUCCCAGCACUCCGUGCUGAAACGGUGGAAGAAGUGGUGUCAGUUCAAUCCACCUCUACUUCCAAAUGUGAACUGCGUUAAAGAAGAGAAGAAAACUGACGUCAUGAAGAUCCUGGGCGAGAUGGGAGUUGAAAAAUCUGUGCUUGAUUUUUAUGAAAACAUCCUGUCGAAUGCUGGCGAUAAGGACUUUGCACAGGACCUUGACGAUAGUGAUGUUGAAUAAAAGUGACGGCAUCUAAUUCUCCUUUGCAUGCGUAAAAGAGUCGAUGUGCAUCUAAUAGUUAUUGGGGCGGUUUCUCGGACAGGGUUUAUCCUAAAAUGCAUGUUUGAGAUACCUUCAUCUUGCAUAUAUUAACAUAUAUCAGUGCCAUUGUUUUGUCCCAAGAUUUACACCAGUAUUGUUUUUUUUUGUAAGAUAUGUUUGUAAAAACGUCUCAACUAUAACGUCCUAAUAUAACUACUAGGCCUAGACCUGGAUUGAUCUAAACCCUGUCCGGGACACUGCCCCAUUGUAUUUUAAAUACAUAUUAUUAUAUGUAGUUUUGCCCAUGGUACGGUGUAGGUAUUGUGUCAAGUCUUCUGUUUGUCUAUAGGUUGUUGUUGUCAUAGUUACAAUGUGUGAAUUAUUUUUGAGACUUUACCUUUAUUCAGAAAGGACAAUGAACAGUGACUGGAGAGAGUUAGGGUGGGAUUGGGAAACGACCAUGGAUCACAUUCGUAUUUAGGUCUCUUGUGAGUACUUGGAUGUGAAUAAAAGCCCUAUCUGGCAGUUACAUGGUUCACAGUGCCCCCUAAUGUGUGCUUCAGUUUGUUCAUUUUUACAUUUUGAAUUCUGACUUUCGUCAUUUGCAAUGUUCUAGUUGCAUCUUUAGUAAUUUUGCAACUGUAAUUUUAUUAUGUCUUCUCCAAAGAAGUGUUUUUGCAAAAAAAUACAUUGCAUUACAUGCACUUAGAGCAGGAGUGGGCAUUCCUGGUCCUGGAGAGCCACUGUCCUGUAAAAUUUAGCUCCAACCCUUAUCAAACACACCUGAAUGCCAUUUCCAAGUAAUCCUGCUGCCUUAAAUUAGAUUUUCUGGGGGUGUUUGAUUAGGGUUGGAGCUAAACUUUGCAGGACAGUGGCCCACCAUGACCAGGAAUGCCCACCCCUGACUUAGAGGGUCUUGCAGUGUGUCAAAAUUGUUAAACACUGAUGAAAUUAGUAAAGUGACAUUUGCAUUUCAAAUACUGACUAAUAACCUUUUCAUUGCCAUUAAAGGGAAAUAACAUAAACAUAAGAGCAUGAU